AUGUACGAAGGGUUCCGCCUAACAAUCCCGGGAUGUCCCAGAUCGCUAAUCAUUGAGAGCAAAAAGUACAAUCCAACCACGGGGAUCCCGUCGUUCCUGAAGCUGGCAGCGAAAUUGAUGUUCGGUGAUGCCGCGGACUUGCAGAAAAUCGCCUCUGUUCAAGCAAUUGGCGGAACAGGAGCCAAUCGAAUUGGUGCUGUGUUUCUGCAAAAGCAUUUCGCGAAUGAAGAGACUCGCGUCUACAUUGGAACACCUGGCUGGCCGAACCACCCUCCAAUUUUCACUCAUGCAGGAAUUCCACACGAAACCUAUAACUAUCUUAAUACCGGAAAUAGGGGCGUUGAUAUGGGCAGCAUUCUGAGCGCUGUCGAAACGGCACCGCCGAGAUCUAUAUUCGUUCUUCAAGGCUGCUGUCAAAACCCAAGUGGCUCUGAUUUGAAGAAGGAAGAAUGGAAAACUCUUGCAUAUGCCUUCAAGGACAAGAAGCAUCUUGCUUUCUUCGAUGUUGCAUAUCAAGGUCUUGGCACAACGGAGCCUGACGGCGGUAUGAACGAUGUUUGGGGUGUCAGGCAUUUCGUCGAGCAAAACAUAGACGUGCUGGUUUGUCAGUCUUUUUCAAAGAACAUGGGCUUAUACUCCGAAAGAACGGGCGUGCUACAUGUUGCCUGCCAUGAUAUCGGUAUUGCAGAGAGCGUCAAGGAUGCCCUGAGAGCCCUGAUUCGCUGGGAAUUUUCUUCUGCUUCUGCAUACGGGGCUAGAUUGGCAGAAACAAUUCUGGAAAACCCAGCUUUGAAAGAGGAAUGGGAAGGAGAGCUAGCUGGAGCAGCGAAGAGAUUGGUGAGCAAUCGCGAAAGGCUAUAUCAUGAGCUAUCAGUUGUGAGGAAGACCCCGGGAGAUUGGAAGUUCCUUGUGGAGGACAAAGGGUUAUUUUCUUUGACUGGGCUUUCUGAGAGCCAGGUUGAAUCGUUAAUUGAGCGACAUAUUUAUCUUCCCUGGACUGGUCGCAUCAAUGUCGCUGGUCUUAACGAGGGCAACAUGAUCAGAGUUGCCGACUCAAUAGAUAGCGUGAUUAGAAAGACCCAGGAAUAA